AUGUAAUAUGGAAAUCACACUCCUUCUCCUUAAAGAUCUAAUAAUGGAUUAUAAGGAUAGUAGGGGAGAUCAUAAAAUCAAAAAAAAGGGUUUAAAGCAUCAUAGAAAAAAAUGAAUAUAAUUUCUAUUUAAAACCAACGAACAAACAAGAUGGCUCAAUAAAUUACAUCAUAGAGAAGUCCUGUUAAUAUGUCAACCAAAACUACUAAAUAGACAAUUGAAACUAAGAGAAGCGUAUCACCAGAAGAAUUAAAAAAAAAGAGUAGAAAAAGCCCUCAAUAAACAAAGCAACAAUCAUCUAAAGACACAAAUAAUAUAAAGUAAAAAAAUGGUUCACCUUUAAAGAAAUAUAUAAAAUAAAAGCAGGUAUCCUAAUAGAUGAAAGAAAAUGAACUAAAAUAGAAAUUAAGGGAUUAUGAAUAAAAGAAGUAAUGCAAUUUAGAUAAGUUGAAGAGAAAAACAAAGAAAAUAUUUGAAAAAUCGAAAAAAUAAAAAAAAUAAUGCAUAAAAGAUAAACCUUUGUAAAAAGAAAAAGUUAUAGAAAUAAAAAAAAAGUUUGAAGAAAUUUCUAAACGAUUUGAAAAGUUUUAGAAUGCUUAGAUUGAAUAGUUCUAACAAUUAAUAGCUUAAAAAUAAUUGUAAAAUUUAGAAAAAGAGAAAGAUCAAGAAAAUAUUUAUGAAUAUUAUCUAAAUUAAGCUGCUUAGACUAUUUAAGUGAAUUGGAGAGAAUUUUUGAAGAGAUAAAAAUAACAGAGGAAGUCUCUUCCAUCCUAAAGGUAAAGUAUAGAUUGGGAAGCAAAUGCAGUAAUGUCAUAAUAAACAUUAAAUAGUGAUGAAGGAUUAUUGUUUUGUCAGGGAGGAGAAAAGCAGGUUCAUAUAUCAAACAUUAGAAGUUCUGUGGUAUCUGAGGAGUCUUUAUCAAUUAUGAAUCAACUCAACCAAGAAUUAGAUAAUUGGAAUGUCUAUAUUUAGAGUAUUGUUAAAAAUCAAGAUCUGUCUUAAAUCAAUAGAUAAAUGCAGCAAUCAAUCAUAAAUAUUGUUUAAAACCAUUUGAAAAAAUCUGAAAGUUUAUCUGACAAAAGAAGUGAGAAUGAAAUACAUUAAGAAAGAAGCUUUAAUUCUUAUAGAAAAAAAUUAAGCGAUGAAUUAUCAAAAUCCUCAAUUUUGUAACUCCAAUAAUAGGCUUUGAGAGGAGAAGGAAAGUUAUUAGGAUUCCGAGAAGAGGCAAUAUAUUUAAGGUAUGAAGCUGAAAAAAAGUCAGUUAAUUCUGAGAAUAAGUAAUCUCUUGAUGAAUGGCUCAAUAAUGAAUUGGAAGAUCUAUAAAAUACCAGAAAAGCAAUAGAGAUAUGUCAUAAGAGAGAAAUAUCAGCCUUAAAAAAGAUUUAGAGGGAUAUUUUAAUAGCUUCAGAAGAGUUAGAUAAAGAUUCUUCAGAAAAUUAACAAAUCUAAAUAAUAUCAAAGCAAAUUGAUGAUUCAUUUAAUUAAGUGACUAAACAAAAAUAUGAAAACAUAUUUCAGGAAGAUAUUUAAAAGACAAUUAAUUUGAUAACUGGAGAAAUCUUUAAUGAUCUAUUAGAUGAGUUAAUAGAUGAAGUGUAAAAUAAUAAAGACAAUUUCUUUAUAUUUUUUUCAGAUCUUAAUAAGGAUAUUAUUUCAAUCGCUCCUACUUCUGUAAGAGAAAUCUAGUCUUAUCUCGAAGCCCUUUUUAAGUUUGUACUCGAGAAUUAUUCUACUGAUUUAUUAAAACACUUGAAUUUACCUUUCGGUUUUACUCCUUUGAAAAGAAUGAAAUUGAUCCAUGGAUAUGAUGAUGAUGAAAAUAAUGAAGAAAUUGAUUAAAACAUAGCAUUUCCAUUAAGCGAUCACAUAUUUAUAGAGUUUGAAAAUUAAAGACUCUAAGAAUUGGAUUUGAAUGAUUAGAUUGCAUUUACUAUUCGUGAAUUAGAGCAUAUACAUAACAAAGCUAUUUUUGAUGCUAGCAAUGAAGCUCUAAAUUAUGAGAGACCAUAUUUUCUAAAUUCUGGGAUUGUUUAUCCUUGGUAGAAAAUUAACCAAAGAAUUUUUAUGCCAAAUCAAUUGGAAUAAAUCUUAGAGUAAUCAAAAAAAAAAGUAAUCGAUUGGAGCAGUUUUCUUUGUGGAUUCUUACCUUUAGAGGAAAAUGAAAAAGUAAAAGAGGAAAAGUAAUAAAUUAUUGAAGAGAAAAAACUAUCUAUGAAAUUACAAUAAUUAAAUUUAUUUGAGAAUCCUACAGGAUCUGAUUAUAAUUCAUCUUUCGAUAAUUUGGGUUUGAUUAGAGAUGAAUAAUUAUAUAAAUUACUUAUUUAAGAUAUAAAAGAGUCAGAAAACAAGUGGUACCUUGUUGAAGAUGAAAGAGUUGACUAUUUAAUGGAAUUAAGCGACUAAAUAUUUGAGUAGCUAAUAGAAGAAUUUUAAAAAGAAUUUUGA